AUGAGGUAUCUGCUGCAUGAACUUUUUUACUCCACUGCAUUUGUUCCGUUGCUACAUGCUCAUUACUCCACUGGGUUUCUUUUACCACUCCAAUUCUUUUGCCUCACGUUUACCAAUAUGAUAUCAGACUGGAGUGUGCAAGCAACUGUAAGUUGGACGCUCUCAGAAGCUUUUGGUGGACAAAAUAUCUCCAUUGUUGCAGAAGAAGAUGUUCAAACUCUUUCGAAGCCUGAAUCGUCAGCUCAACUGGGAAUGGUGGUCAGUGCAGUGAAUGAAUGCUUAGCAGAGGCACCUAAAUUUGGUCUUAAGGGUCCAAAUGAAGCACUUGGUGCUUCGCAAGUUCUUGAAGCAAUCAACCGAUGCAACUCAUCUGGGGGCCCUGUGGGACGGCAUUGGGUCCUUGAUCCUGUUGAUGGAACACUGGUUUUUGUGCACCGAGAUCAGUAUGCCAUUGCUCUUGCUCUGAUUGAUGGUGGAGAAGUUGCAAUUCAAUUCCUUGCAUUCGUGCCUAUUGAGGUGAAGAUUCAUGAACUUCACAAAUCGCAGAUUACUUCCACAGGCUACAAGGCCGCCAAAUGGUUGACAAUUGAAGAGUGUGAUCUUAGUCCAAUUGUCUUUGAUUUCAAUUCUUGCAUUCUGGAAAAUAUGUUGUCAGAUGAUGGCGGGACACCAUUGGAUUUUUCCAGAGGAAUAUACCUAGAAGGCAAGGAAGUUUUUGGUGGAGUUGUUCACUGA